UGAAGGAGAGGCGGCGCUCGUGCAAUGUGGGCGGCGUGAGUUACCAGGACGGAGAGAAGUUCCAGCCAGACUGUACUCAGCUCUGCACGUGCCAGAACGGCUUCUACGGCUGUGUCAGCACGUGCCCACAAGAGCAGCACAAACCCUCCGACCAGAGCACCACCACAAGCCCCGCCCCCGAGCCGACCACGCCCCCUCUCCCCGAGCCGUGCCACACCCAGAGCACUGAUUGGUCGCCCUGCUCCGUCAGCUGUGAUGUGGGCGUGGCCGUGAGGAUCGUCGUGGACUCGGUCACGUGCAUGCACGUGCAGGAGAGGAAAUUGUGCUACCUCAGGCCUUGUGGCCUCAAUCUGACUACACACGGCCGUGACAAGUGCACCCCGACCACGCGCACCAAGUCACGUGAGCACAUCCAGCACCAGGACUGUCUGUCUGUGCGUGAGUACAAGCUCAAGUUCUGCACCACGUGCAGGGAGGACGCCUGCUGCUACCCAAAGAAGACUCGAACCUCGACCAUGGAGUUUCAGUGCUCGGGAGGCGUGCGGAAAACGUUCAACUACAUGUGGAUCAAGAAGUGCCGCUGUGACCAAGUGUGCUACAAGAAAGGCCCCAACAAGAAGCGACGCAUGCGCAGAAGGCGAUUCCGGAACCGCGAGAAAAGGCGCCGUCUGCGAGGCAAAGACAAGAAGAAACGUAACAAGAGCUUCAGUAGGAGGAGGGCGAUGAGGCGCAGGGCGAGGAGGAGGAUGAGGAAGAUGCAGAGAGAGGAAUAGUUAGAGGGAGGGGGAAACUUGGCUUGGAGGAUGACCAGGCUUGGAGAGAUGGUCGCUCGUCUUACUGGAGAAAAGACAGAUGUAGAUUCACUUUUAUAAAGACGUGUUAUGGAGGAGAAGGAUAGACAGAUAAUAACAGACAAUUAAUAUGCUGUCACGAUGAUGCAGAUUUUAUUUAAAGACACACGAAUUCAUUAAAGAGUACAAGAAAGUGUGGAAUUGCUAAGAGAUGUACACUCACUCCAACGCAAGGAAACGUUGUCAAA